AUGCCUUCCUGGCGUAUUAAUCUUGUCAGCCGCGGUGGCAAGCAAAUCGAUGCUCACCAACAGGAUAUUUACCCAGAUUCUCACACAACAAUCUUUAUCGACGGGGACACCUCAGUUGCUGACACAUGGAGAUUUGUCACUUACGAUGAAAAGACUCAGCCUAGGCGCGACUGGAUCUCUCAGUUCANNGUGAGCUUUCUCUCCAAUGUCGCAUCUCGUUUUGCUAUUCUAAUCAAUAUGGAUUCUAGUCUUUGUGGGGGUGCUCUCCAGUUCAGCUCUGAUGUGGUGGACACUUACGUUUCGACUCCGCCGCCAGUCCAUGAACUUGUUUCUCGUGUUCGCCUGCCUUUCAAUGCAGACGACAAACAGUUUUCUAUACUGUUGCGCCACGGAGAUACGGUAGAGUUCGAUGCCACAGAUGCCCGCGUUGAGGUUAUAGUCGACCCGACCUCAGAGGACCCUCAUGUCCAAGUCGAGUCUUCAGGACCUGGGGCCUUCGGUCGCGAGAUCAAGAAGGAAGCAGAUACUGACGGUGAUGACGAAACCGACGACGAGGCCGCCCAACCUGUCAGAGACGCACGUCGUGGCACAUCAGCCGAAGAGUCUCAACACUUGUUUUCCACGAGCCGUGAGCAUCUUAGUCCGAUGCCACGUCCAGCCACACGUGAAUCACAAGUGGUCAAGGAGACACCUAACCGCCGCAGAAUCAGGUCUCAGCAUGAGUCCGCCAUUCCUGAGAGUCUGCCCAUGGAAGACACAAACACGGACCAUCCGCAGUCUACACAACCGGAGCACCCACAGUCUACCCAGCCGGAGAGUCCACAGCCCAACCACGUUUCCGCUCUUGACAAUGACUCAAUGGACAUUCUGCCCAAUGUUCAUACCGGCGAGCUGCCAAAUACUUCGCCCUCGGAAGCCCUUCACUUCCGCGUGCCGACUCAGCACACUCCAUCUCCUUUCAACCAGAGCUUUGGCGUUGACAAGCUUCUCUCAAACUUGAACGAGGACAAUCCUCCGUCGCAAGUAACGCCGUCGUUCACUUCACUAAAGAAAACACCGGGGCCAGUUAUGAUUUCACACCAGCUCCGUGAGGAUUCAUCGAUCGCAGAGCCGACAGAGACGAGCUCGCCAGAAUUACAAACUGCACCUCCAGCUGAUGAGUCAGCUGCCGCUGCACCUGAAGAGGUGGCUUCGCCAGUGGAUAUCAUCAAUGACGAGAUUACGAGUGACAGGCGCAAGACAGAAGUCUCAGACGAUCACGCUGCCAUCAUCGAAUCAGAUUCGGUCACUUCUACCAUCCAGCAGACUCCGUCAUUGACCAGCACAAGCAAAAAGAGGAAGAAGGUCUCGGACAGCAGUUCCGUUGCGUUGUCGAUGAAGAGAACGAAAAUUGUUGAAGCCGACAUCAGCAAUACUGGUAUCACGCCAGUGAGCACUGCGUCCAAGAGAAGUUUAGGUACAUCCAAAGGUUUAGAGACGCCGUCAGGAUCUGCUCCAACCAGAAGUUCUUCCAGAAGGAAGAGCUUGGACGAGAGCCACCAAGCACUAUCUCCANAACGUGUUUCAAAUAGGCACAAGAGCACCGACAGUGAGAGUGCUCAUUCUGGGUCGCCAUCGAAGCUGAGUCGACGCUAUAGCAGUGAUCCUCCUGUUAUUCUAUACUCGAACACCAAGAUCACUGAANAAACCGAGAUCAUCAAAGGUCUGAAGAAACAGGGUGCAAGCAUGACCGAGGAUAUCAAGAGCGCCAACUUCCUGUGCGUCGGCCCUGGAGAGCUCCUCAAGACUCCAAAGCUGCUGCACAGUCUGACACUGAACAAGACGAUUGUUACAGACAAAUGGGUGUCGCAGUCGGUCGCAGCUGGUUUCUUAUUAGACACAGCCGAGUUCCUGCCCGAGGAGCUUCAAGCAACCAAACACUCGGAUCGUACGAAAAUCUUCACUGACCAAGUCAUAUAUGUCACGCCAGCACAGCGAUCGGCGUACAGAAGGGGAUGGGACGAUGUUAUGGCUAUAAUUAGACAAGCCGGUGGCACGAACCCUCUGACUGGGCCUCUAUCGAAGCUCGACACCAGUACUAUCACGUUAUAUCUUGGUGCUGACAAGGACGACAAUGUCGCGGCUGAUUUGCAAGAGAAAGGGGAGACGGUCUACAGAAAGGACAUUCUGGGAGCAAGCAUCGUCCAUGGAGAGCUGCUGCUCGAUGAGUCGCUAGAGCUUCCACCAGCAAAGGUAGAGCUGAAAACAGCGAGAACCGAGCCAAAGUCGGCUAAGAAGGGAGCUCGAAAGAAGAAGGCUUGA